CCGGCAGAGCGAAGGCUCUCCGGUGCGCAGACGCACUUGCACCCGGCGGCCUGGCGGCGGCGGCGGCGAAGUGUUCCUGCGAUAGGUGUUCCGCUUGUCUACAGUGGGGUCCGCCGCUUGGCCUCCCCUUCGCGGCGGGGCCAGGUACAGAUUGCCGGUGCCUUCUCCAAAAGGGGCAGUGGGCAGAGAGAAAUGGCCACAAAGUUGCUACCAGCCCAGGUUCAGGAGUCUGUGACGUUCAGGGAUGUGGCCGUGCUUUUCAGCCAGGACGAGUGGCUAUGCCUGGACCCUGCGCAGAGAGCCUUGUACCGGGAGGUGAUGCUGGAGAACUACAGCUCCCUGGUGUCUCUGGGGAUUCUGUUUGCCAAACCAAAGGUUAUCUUCCAGUUACAGCGAGGGGAAGACCCCUGGAUGGUGGAAAAUGGAGCUUCUCGUGGCACAUGUCUAGGAUGGGAGAGCUUCUUUGAAACCACAGUUUCCGAAGAAGAAUAUCAGGAAAUAAUAAAUAAACUCAGAGGUGAUGGUACUUUUGACUUCAAGUUGGGGAAAACCUAUAUAAGUGGGGACGAGCUAGAGAAGCAACAGGACAGAAAGAACAUACCUUUCAAGAAAGUUUCAGUUACCAUCAAAAAAACCUACAAGAAGGAGAGGAGCUUAGCAGGUGUGGAGAAAACUCUCGGUUUAAAAUCAUCACUUAUUAGAAAACCCAGAAUUGUUUCCAGAGGAAGGAAACCCCAUUCACAGCAGUAUUCAAUUCUAUUUAAACAACUGGAAGUCAAUACAGUGCGAAAAUGUUACAAAUGUAACAUCUGUGGGAAAAUCUUCCUCCACAGUUCUUCCCUGAGUAAACAUCAGCGAAUUCACACUGGAGAGAAGCUCUAUAAAUGUAAGGAAUGUAGGAAAGCUUUCAGCCAAAGCUCAUCCCUAACUCAGCACCUGAGAGUUCAUACUGGAGAGAAACCUUAUAUAUGUAGUGAAUGUGGAAAAGCCUUCAGUUUCACGACAUCUCUCAUUGGACAUCAGAGAAUGCAUACUGGAGAGAGACCCUAUAAAUGUAACGAUUGUGGAAAAACAUUUAAAGGUAGUUCAUCCCUUAAUAAUCACCAGCGAAUUCAUACUGGAGAAAAGCCCUAUAAGUGUAAUGAAUGUGGAAGAGCCUUUAGCCAGUGUUCAUCUCUUAUUCAGCAUCAUAGAAUUCAUACUGGAGAGAAACCGUAUGAAUGUAGUCAGUGUGGGAAAGCCUUUACUUCAAUGUCACGGCUAAGUAGGCACUAUAGAAUACAUACUGGAGAGAAACCCUUUAAUUGUAAUGAGUGUGGAAAAGUAUUCAGUUACCACUCAGCCCUGAUUAUACAUCAGAGAAUUCACACAGGUGAGAAACCUUAUGCAUGUAAAGAAUGUGGGAAAGCCUUUAGCCAAAGCUCAGCUCUUAUACAACAUCAAAGAAUUCAUACUGGAGAAAAACCCUACAAAUGUAAUGAAUGUGGGAAAGCUUUCUCCUGGAUUUCACGGCUUAACAUACACAACAGAAUCCAUACUGGAGAGAAACCGUAUAAUUGCAAAGAAUGUGGAAAAGCCUUCAGUUCCCACUCAGCAGUUAAUACUCAUCGAAAAAUUCACACUGGAGAGAAAGCUUAUAAAUGUAAUGACUGUGAAAAAGCCUUCAACCAAAGCUCAGCUCUGAUUCAGCACCAGAGGAUUCAUACUGGGGAGAAACCUUUUACCUGUAAAGUAUGUGGGAAAGCCUUCAGACAGAGUUCGUCCCUUAUGACACAUAUAAGAAUUCAUACAGGAGAAAAGCCUUAUAAAUGUAAAGAAUGUGGGAAAGCUUUCAGUCAAAGCUCAUCCCUUACUAAUCAUCAGAGGACUCAUACUGGAGAAAGACUGUAAGUGAAAGGCAUGAGGAAAAUCUUCCAACCAAAGUUCAUGCUGAAUAUCAAUUCAUCCUGGGGAGAAAGUGCUAAAAAGUGAGUGAUUUGUGGGUUAAACUUCAGAAUUUAGACCUCAUCAAACAUCAGAGACUUCAUGAUGCAGGAUAACCUUAGAAAUAUCAGAAAAGCUAUAAAUCUUUCCCCACAUGUUCUUAAGUUAAAUAGAGAAUUUGACUAAAUUAGAGAAUUUGUAAGAUCAAAAGGUCAGUAUUUUUUUUUCAUACUGGUGAUGUGAUAACAUCCACCAGCCUAUAUAAGCUCCACUGGGAAGAAUGUUGACAUAUGUAAAAGUGCAGCCAUAAAAUCUAGACUUCAGAUUAAUCUGGGAAUCUAUUUUUUGAAAUUACAUUUAAGUGUUAUUUAUGCAAGCCAGUUGUACCAAGAAGAAUGUUUUGGAGAAGAAAUGUAAGCAAGUGACCUGUAACUACCUCACUGUCACUAAAACUUGUUUUUUUUAAUAGUUUAAACGCAAAUUCUAUACUUUGUGGUUGUUAAAACUUGGUGGUGGUUUAGCCUCUGCUUUCUAAGCCAUUCACUUGAAAAUCACUCAGUAAACUAUGCAGGUAUACAGUCCUGUGAGUUUUCUCCCGGACUACUUGUUUCAACCUCUGAGUCAGAUCUAAAGUCACUAUAAGUCACAAAAUGCAUGGUAUUUCACUUGUCUUUCUCAUAAAGUGGUUACCUUUGCUGUAUUAAGUUGUAAAAGAUUACUCAGACAACUGCUGCCUUUACAAGUUAAUUUACUGAUAAAGGCUGUUAAAAAUUAUCUUACAAUGUAGCCUUAGGCAGCACAGCUCUUGGCCUCCCAGGCUGUGCCUGUUUCCUGAGCUCUGAUUACCAGCCACUGGGCAGGCCCAGGAACAGUGUGGAGCCCGGCCAUCCUCCCUGCAGUAAAGUGAUCAAGGGGACUUUACCCCUACGUCUGCUCUCAUCCCCUUCACAUGGUACUCACUCUGCCCACAUUCUGAAGGCAACUAAAACAAUUCAGGCUCUAAGUUCAGAUGCUUCUUCCUUCAAAAAAUGGACUAUUAUUCAACAAGUUAUUUAGUCUAUUUUAGUAUUUCUGAAAUGUAAAUAAUUUGAGCAAGCGAAAACAGUUAUCUUACAAGUCAAAAGACUAAAAUUAAAACCGUACAACAUCAUUUUGUGCAGUUUAUCAAGAGCACAUAAGGAUUGAAAUUCCCAUUUUAAAAAAACACAAAAAUUCAGAGAAGGUGCUGUUGGGCUGAAGGCUAAGCAAAACAAGCAUUGAGUUCAGCUUUUGCCUCUUGGGACUAUUAAGUCUCAUUGUUUCAAACUUGUGAAGAACACAGUCCAUCUGCAAUGCCCCCUUUCCCACAACCGUUCUUUUAAAUUCUCUAAUUCUGGAGGAAAUCUCUAGGAAAAUACAACUCUCCUGUCUUGGUCUGUUUGGGCUGCUAUAACAAAAUACCACAGACUGGGUGGCUUAUAAACCGAAGUUUAUUUCACACAGUUGAAGGUUGUGAAGUCCAAGAUCAAGGCCCCAGCCUGGUUAUGUUCUGGUUUGGGCCCUCUACCAGGUUCAUAGCCAGUGUCCUCUUGCUGUGUCCUCAAAUGGUGAAAGGGGUUAGGGAUGUCUCGGGGGCCUCUUUUAGGGACACUACUCACAUUCAUGAGGGCUCCACCCUCAUGACAAUCACCUCCCAAAGUCUCCAUCUCCUGAUGCCAUUGCCUUGGGGGUUAGGAUUUCAGCAUAUAAAUUACAAGGGGACACAAACAUUCAGACCCUAGCUUUCCCCAAGUAUAGAUAGUCCUAAAUUCACCAAAAAAAUAAAAAUCACAAAAUAUUAGGCCCAGUUAAUUUUAAGAUGAAGUCUAUCAAACUUGCAGUAACAAGUAAUUGAAGUCUUAUGCAAAAUCUUCAGAGGAAAUGAUGUAUAAGCACAGUGAUUCUAAUAUAACCCAGUACCAAAAUCAGAAGGAAGCACAAGAAAAUUGCAGGCCAGUAUCAUCCAUGAACGGAAAUGUAAAAAUCCCAAAUAAAGCAUUAGCAAAUGUAACCUAAAAGUACCUAAGCAUAGUUUAAUACAUUGUGAUUAGGGUUUUUUUAAAUGGGGAUGCAUGAUUUACUUGACAUUAGAAAAUGUACAGAUGCUGUGCACCACUUUAACAGAUUAAAGGACAGAAAUCCAUAUGCUCAUCUCCUUAAAUGCAGAAAAAGCAACCAAAAUAGUGCCCAUUCAUGUUAAAGCCUCUCUUCUUUUUAAAAUCAGUUUCAGGUGUACAAAACAAUGUAAUAGUUAGACAUUUACACAACUCACAAAGUGAUAACCCCCCUCCCCCAAUCUACCCCUGACAUGGUACACAGCUGUUACA